ACGGGGGCGUUUACCGAGCACACGCGGGGAUGCUGUGUGUGUGUGUGACUGAGAUGGCGGUUAGACCAGUUCGCACGAGAGCUAAGUAGAUAUUAAAAGGCGUAUAUUUUAAAUUAACAAUAUAUUUGCAUUACACUUUUUUGCCUAGCCUCGUAGUACGGAGCCAUGGAGGGGGAAAAGCCGUCCCUUGCAUUAGUUUACCAUGCAGUGCAGGCUCUGUAUCACGAUCCGGAUCCCGCCGGCAAAGAGAGGGCGUCAGUGUGGCUCGGGGAGCUGCAGAAGUCGAUGUAUGCUUGGGAGAUUUCGGACCAACUCCUCCAGCUGAAGCAAGAUGUGGAGUCAUGCUACUUUGCAGCGCAGACGAUGAAGAUGAAAAUCCAGACCUCGUUCUAUGAGCUUCCGGCCGACACCCACAUCGCGCUGCGUGACUCGCUGCUCUCUCACAUCGAGAACCUCAAGGACCUCUCCCCGAUCAUCAUCACCCAGCUCGCUCUCGCCAUCGCGGAUUUGGCUCUCCAGAUGGCAUCCUGGAAGGGCUGCGUUCACACACUCAUCGAAAAGUACAGCGGCGAUGUCUCCUCCAUGACCUUCCUGAUGGAGAUUCUGACCGUGCUGCCUGAGGAGGUCCAUAGCCGCUCCCUCCGAAUCGGGGCCAACCGCCGUACGGAGAUCAUCGAGGACCUGGCCUACUACUCUGGCACCGUCGUUGCCCUGCUGGCGUCAUGCGUGGAGAAGACUGGUAGUAAUGAGAAGAUGCUCAUCAAGGUUUUCCGGUGCUUGGGCAGCUGGUUCAACCUCGGGGUCCUGGACACCACCUUCAUGGCCAACAGCCAGCUGCUUAUUCUCCUUUUCCAAGUGCUGCAGAGGGACGAGACCCCCACCAACCUGCACGAGGCGGCCUCGGAUUGCGUGUGCUCGGCGCUGUACGCCAUCGAGAAUGUGGACAACAACAUGGCGUUGGCGCUGCAGCUGUUUCGGGGUGUCCUCCUCCUAGAGACGGCCUAUCACAUGGCUGUAGCCCGCGAGGACCUGGACAAGGUGCUGAACUACUGCCGCAUCUUCACGGAGCUGUGCGAGACCCUCCUGGAGACAAUUGUGCAAAGUCCCGGCCAGGGUAUGGGGGAUCUUCGGACGCUGGAGCUGCUGCUGAUCUGUGCGGGGCACCCGCAGUAUGAGGUCGCUGAGAUCUCCUUCAACUUCUGGUACCGGCUGGGGGAGCGCCUGUACAAGACCAACGACGCUGUGCUGCACGGAAUCUUCCGGCCCUACAUCCAGAGGCUGCUGCAUGGGCUGGCUCGCCAUUGCCAGCUGGAUGCUGACCAUGAAGGAAUACCUGAGGACACAGAUGACUUUGGAGAAUUCCGGAUGAGAGUCUCAGAUCUGGUGAAGGACGUCAUUUUCUUAGUGGGAUCGAUGGAAUGCUUCUCACAGCUGUACUCCACGCUGAAGGAGGGCAGUCCGCCUUGGGAGGUGACUGAGGCCGUGCUCUUCAUCAUGGCUGCCAUCGCCAAGAGUGUCGAUCCUGAGAACAACCCAACCUUGACUGAAGUGUUGGAGCAGGUGGUCCUGCUCCCCCAGACGGUCCACAUCGCCGUCCGCUACACCAGCAUCGAGCUGGUGGGGGAGAUGAGUGAGGCGGUGAACCACAACCCCCGCUUCUUAGACCCGGUGCUGAAUUACCUCAUGAAAGGUUUGGGGGAGAAGCCCCUGGCUUCAAUGGCAGCCAAGGCCAUCCUCAGCAUCUGCUCCGUGUGCCGGGACCACAUGGCCCAGCACUUCCAGGGCUUGCUGGAGAUCGCGCGCUCCCUCGACUCCUUCGCCCUAUCUACAGAAGCUGCAGUUGGCCUCCUCAAAGGUACUGCUUUAGUUCUGGCACGUCUCCCACUUGAGAAAAUAGCCGAAUGUCUGAGUGAUCUAUGCGCUGUGCAGGUCAUUGCCCUUAAAAAGCUGCUAUCUCAGGACCACAGCAAUUCCAAGUCCGCCGACCCCACGGUUUGGCUGGACAGGUUAGCGGUCAUCUUCAGGCACACAAACCCAAUAGUGGAAAAUGGGCAAAUGCAUCCGUGCCAGAAGGUCAUCCAUGAUAUCUGGCCUGUGCUGUCGGAGACACUGAACAAGCACCAAGGCGACAACCGCAUCGUGGAGCGCUGCUGUCGCUGUCUUCGCUUCGCAGUGCGCUGUGUGGGGAAAGGCUCCGCCUCCCUGCUGCAGCCGCUGGUCACACAGAUGGUGAACGUCUACCGGGUAUAUCCCCACUCCUGCUUCCUGUACCUGGGCAGCAUCCUGGUGGACGAAUAUGGAAUGGAGGAGGGCUGCCGGCAGGGACUCCUGGACAUGCUGCAGGCUCUCUGCAUGCCCACCUUCCAGCUGCUGGAGCAGCCCAAUGGCCUGAGGAACCAUCCAGACACGGUCGAUGACCUCUUCAGACUGGCCACCAGGUUUGUCCAGCGCAGCCCCGUCACCCUCCUGAGCAGCCAGGUCGUCGUGCACCUGGUCCAGUGCGCCAUUGCAGCCGCCACCUUGGACCACCGGGACGCGAACUGCAGUGUGAUGAAGUUCAUCAGGGACCUCAUCCACACAGGCAUCACCAACGAUCAUGAAGACGACUUCGAGGUCCGCAAGCAGCUGAUCUCACAGGCCAUGCAGCAGCACGGCCAGCAGCUCAUCACGCAGAUAAUCCACGCGUGCUGCUUCUUCCUGCCUCCAUACACGCUGCCCGAUGUGGCCGAGGUCAUCUGGGAGGUCAUGCUCUUCGACCGGCCUACGUUCUGCCGGUGGUUGGAGAAUGCCCUCAAGGGACUCCCCAAGGAGACGUCCGGGGGGGCCGUGACUGUCACCAACAAGCAGCUCACAGACUUCCACAAGCAGGUCACCAGUGCUGAAGAGUGUAAACAGGUGUGUUGGGCCAUCAGAGAGUUCACAAGGCUGUUCCGAUAGCUGCCACGAGACCAGGACAAUCUUUCGAUUGAGAUGCAGAGAGGCAGCGAUGUGUUAACAGGAUGACCGCCGUUGGAACUGUGUAACUCCAAGAUGAUUCUGCUCGCUGGAGAGCCAACACGAUGGACCGCUGACGCAGGACAGACCACGUGCUCGUGUGAGGUCCCUUAGAGACGGCAUCCCCAACCCUGACCCCCACGGCCUGGCACGUCUUUGUCCACAUAAAACUAUGGGGUGGGGGGGGGGGGGUGGUAGUGAACUCGUUCGGCUGGAUUUCAUCAGAUCUCGGAUCCAUUACAGGCUGGGCGGGCCGCUGCUGAAGGAUGUGCCUGGCUAUGAAUGAAAAAGACUAUUUUUUUUUUUUUUUUUUUUAAUAAAUGAUUUAUUUUCAUGGACUGUCCGAACGUGCCACUAGGAGGCAGCCACUAGGACGUGCCACUAGGAGGCAGCACAGAGCUGUGGACGCCAGCCGGACAGACAGCCCAGCCAGCUGGGGGAUCUGGGGUCUUCAUUAAAAGGACACUUCCGCUCGUUCGGUAAAUUUUAAUGCUUUUUUUAAACAGCGGUGGGGAGUUUUAUUGUUUUAGUUGGCAGAACUGUUCCCCCUCCCCCCUCCCGAAUUGUGAUGUGAGAACAGUGUCACCAACAGGGGGUCCACAGCUGGACACACGCUGUGCCAUCCAGUGUUGUAACCAUCUUGAGAACAAUAAAAGAACACAACAAACUGGA